AUGUCCGAAUCAUCAUUCUGCUACGGGCAGCCUCGCCUUGAGAAUAAUCUCGUUUCCCUCGAACCGUUCAAUCCCACGCAUCACAUCGCCAAAUUCAUGGCACAGAAGAGGGAACACCCCAAGCUAUUCCAAUACGUCCUGUUCCCUGAUAUCUCAACCGAUGAAGAGUUUUACCAAACGGUAUACAGGGAGCACAUAGCAACUGUACCGGGCGAGUGUCUCUACGCCAUUAUCGACAAGAGCUACACACCAGAAGGCCAAGGACAGGACCAAGAACAGGAGCCUAGUGCAAACUACGCAGGGACAAUUGCUCUGACAGGCACAAACACGGAUAAUGCCUCCACCGAGAUAGGGAUUGUGAUAUUCCCGUCGUUCCAGCGCACGCAUGUCGCAAGCAGCGCUAUUGGUCUUUUACUGUGCUACACACUCGACCCGCCGUCUUUGGGUGGAUUAGGAUUGAGGCGUGCUGAGUGGAAGUGUCAUUCAGCCAACGAGGCGUCAAAGAGGGUCGCCCUGCGCAUGGGCUUUACCCUUGAAGGAGUACUGCGCUGGGACCGGGUGUUUCCUGGGCCGAUGGGAGUUCCGGUUGAUGCUCUGGAGAAGAGGAAUGGGACGACUGGCGAGACGGGGGGGAGACAUACUGCUCUGUUUUCGAUUGUUUGGGAUGAGUGGGAGGAGAAGCGUGGGGCGGUUUUGAAGCAAAUGGAAAGGAGGAAAUAA